AUGCAGCAGCAUCCGUGGUCCUCUGUCGAAUCGAGUAAACGCCCGGUUCAGCAAGUCCAAAAGGCUCCGUGGCGGUUAAAGUCACCCGGUGAGUCACAGCCUCUCGCGUCCUUUCAUGGCCAAGUCAAGAACUCGCUGGGCAUCAAUUUAUCCAUAGCGACUGCACUCAGAUGUCCAGUCAAGAGUGCUGCUGCGAGUGGUCCUUGGUUGACGCAAGGUCAAGCGCCCGCAAAAACGGAGCUAGCAAACAAGCUAGACGGAGCUACCGAUCAGACGCCAGAGGCUCUUUCGGCACUGGCCGAUCACGCUCGAAACCUUGGUCUUGGAAUCUCCCAAAAGAGCAGCCGGUCAGACCCGUCCAGACGGUGGAGUGUGUCGCGGGGACCAUCUCAGAUCUCAGAUGCUGCCCGACGGAUCGCCUUGCUGCGCGACCAAUAUCAGACGCGCGCUACACAGCCGGUCCACGACCAGGUUGAGGCGCGUGCUCCUACGCCCCACUAG